CCUUACUUUUGCAUCUUUCCAGCUCAGGGGUUUUACGGACAGUUGUAGAUCUCUUGCGACUUCCUCAGCAAAGUCAGACCACGGGGAACGGCUACUCCUAGGAAUUCGUACAACACGAAACCAUCAGCGAACAACCUCGCUCAAUUUUAAAGGACACGUAUGUAAUGCAUCAUCUAGAUUGAGGCGCUUUCCUAACACAUGCUGGUAAAGCGCCUUAUACGCUUGCAGGUUCCUCCUUCCAAUUCACUUACGUCAGUAACUGCUGUUUGAAAUAUUCAAACCAGCUUCGCUUUUUACCGAGAAGUCAUAUUGCAAGAGAAGGAGAGAGGCUGUAGCAUCAGGGGAUGAGCGGUAGAGACAAUGUGGAUUCACUCAUUCACAUUGUUAUUACUGCGUUUUCACAUCACUGAAGGUACUCGGCUACACUGUGACGUGAGUCAGUUUCAAUGCAGAAACGACCGGUGUAUCUCCUCACUCUGGCACUGCGAUGGAGAGGACGACUGUACCGACAACAGCGAUGAGGAGAACUGCCCCAAGAAAACCUGUGCAGCAACUGAAUUUCCCUGUGACAAUGGUGACUGCAUCAUGGAGAACUGGCGCUGUGAUGGAGAAGAAGAAUGUGCUGAUGGCUCCGAUGAAGCAGCUACAUUGUGCAAUAAAUUUACAUGUCCACCUGACAAAUUUGGCUGUGACAGUAACAGAUGCCUCCCAGUGUCGUGGCAGUGCGAUGGUGAGAAGGACUGUGAAAGUGGAAUCGACGAGUUGAAUUGUACAGAUGAUCAGAAGACCUGCCGUAACAAUGAAUUCCAAUGUGGCAAUGAUAAAUGCAUUGCCAUUACGUUUGUGUGCGAUGGUGAUGACGACUGUGGGGAUGGCACAGAGGAACAGCACUGUCUUCCGCCUACCUGUGGACCCCAUGAGUUCCAAUGCAACAACUCCAUGUGCAUCCCCUUGCUGUGGGCCUGUGACAAUGACCCUGACUGCUCCGACAGAUCGGACGAGAGUGUGGAGAGAUGUGGCCACAAGGUCGUGCCUGCAAAUGCCUGCUCAGCAAAUGAAUUUCAGUGCAACAAUGGCGAGUGCAUCCACCUGAACUGGAAAUGUGAUGGAGGCGUAGACUGCAAAGACAAGUCAGACGAAACUGGCUGCCCAAUGAUAACUUGUCAGCCUGAUGAGUUCCAGUGCAGCGAUGGAAGCUGCAUUCACGGAUCCAAACAGUGUAACCAAAUCUUUGACUGUCCGGAUCGAAUUGAUGAGCUAGAUUGCCUGAAUGUGACCCCAUGCAAAGGGCUGCAGAAAUUUCUGUGCAAGAGUGGAGAAUGUAUCGAUAUAGACAAAGUAUGUGACUCACAGAGGGACUGCUUGGACUGGUCAGAUGAACCACUCAAAGAAUGUGGUUUAAAUGAGUGCCUGACCAACAAUGGUGGCUGUUCUCAUACAUGUAGAGACUUGAAGGUUGGAUAUGAAUGUGAAUGCCCAGCUGGCUACAGACUGCUGGACACAAAGACGUGCGGAGAUAUAAAUGAAUGUGAGGAUCCGGACCGAUGCAGCCAGGUCUGCACCAAUAUUAAAGGAGGGUACAAGUGCAGUUGCUUCCAAGGUUAUGAGAUGGAUCCAAUGACUGAAACUUGCAAAGCAGUGGGUACAAGUCCUGCAGUGGUCUUCACCAAUAGCCAUGAGAUUAGGAUGAUUAAUUUGAUGAAGAAGGAGUAUACACGUCUUGUACCUUCAUUAAAGAAUGUGGUGGCUCUGGAUGUUGAUGUUGAAGCUGAAAAGAUAUAUUGGAUUGAUCUGUACUACAAAGAGAUAUAUAGUGCCCCUUUGGAUAAAGCCAGUGAUCCAAGCCAGCAUGUACAUCUGAUCAAAUAUGAUCUCCACACUCCUGAGGGCCUAGCAGUAGACUGGGUUCACAAAAAUAUAUACUGGACAGAUUCUGGUACCAGGUCAAUCUCCGUGGCAACUGCAGAUGGAGCCAAAAGAAAGACCCUCAUCAAUACUCAGCUCGACAAGCCCAGAGCUAUCUCAGUUGAUCCAGUUCGAGGGUUCAUGUAUUGGUCUGACUGGGGUAACCCUGCAAAGAUUGAGAAAGCUGGGCUGAAUGGAGUCGACCGUCAGACACUCGUCGCAGACAACAUUGAAUGGCCAAAUGGAAUCACUCUAGAUUUACUGAACCAGCGUCUGUACUGGGUUGACUCCAAACUGCAUGAGCUGUCUAGCAUUGACCUGAAUGGUGGACAUAGGAAACGAUUAUUAUUCUCAGAAGAAUAUCUGGGACAUCCUUCUGCUCUCACAGUUUUUGAGGACAAGAUUUAUUGGACUGAUAUUAAUCAUGAAACUAUUUACUGUGCAAACCGACUGACUGGAAAAGAUGUGAUAUCGCUUGCAAAUAACCUGUACAAUCUACACGACAUUAUCAUUCUCCAUGAAUUAAAACAGCUGAAAGUUACUAGCUUCUGUGCAGAUAGUGCUGCACCGAACGGAGGAUGUCAGUACCUGUGCUUGACAGCUCCCCAAAUCAACAUCCAUUCUCCAAAAUACACAUGUGCUUGCCCUGACAACAUGAAACUUGGACAGGACAUGAGAAAAUGUUAUAAAACUGAAAAGCUUCCAACUGUCCCCUCAGUGAGCAGUGGCAAACCAACUGCAAGACCUGGCACAGCUUCCUUUAGUACAGAGGUUCCUGCAAAUGUAACCAACAAAGCUGGUGCGACAGUUCUAUUCAGCAUCACCACAGGAAGUCCACAACAGCUCUUCCCUGGCAGCACUGAUGCAGACAACUCGAUCCACUUGAACAGUUCCUCAUCAUUUUCUGAUAACAGCAAGAAGUUGAGCUCGACUAAUGCCAUUGUGGGAAUUGUUAUCCCAAUAGUCAUCAUUUGUUUGGUCUGCCUGGGAGGCUUCUUGGUCUGGAGGAACUGGAGAAAGAAAAACACAAAGAGUAUGAACUUUGAUAACCCAGUCUACAGGAAAACUACAGAAGAGGAGGAAGUGGAGGAGACUCACAUUGGGAGAAAUGGGCAGAUUGGCCAUGUUUAUCCUGCACGAGUUGCACUCAGUAUGGAGGAUGACGGAUUACCCUGAGGCGUGCUGUGCUGCUCGCAUUCGCUCGACCUGCAGACUCCCCAUGUGAACAGUGCAGCAGCUGGGAUGAUCAAGCCUGGAUAUACAAUCAAAUAAUGGGAAAAUUUCUAACAUCCAAAAGAUGCAUAUUUUUAUAUUAGCCAAGCAUUUUACACUUUAUAGAGAAACAAAAAUUAAUUGGAUGUUUUCUUACCCUAAUGGUACACUACUCAUUCUUGGAAAGUUCAAAUUCAGAUUCUUUAUGUUUGUACAUAAUUGCAGUGUCACACUUGUAAACAUAGCCUCUUCAAAGCUAUAUUUAUAAAAUUUGUAAAUAAACUUACCCAAGUGUGCCGCAGCCUAACAUUUUACAGAAAGCUACUGGGGUAUUGAAAAAAUGGUAUUUAUUUAUCGAUCUGUUUCCUGGAUAAACUUGGGUUAUGUAGAUAUGAAAUGGAAGUAGGAAAUAUUUUCACGUUGUUGCAUUUUGCAUUUUCUGUACAGUAAAACCUUAUUUGCAUAUAUGUUUAUAUGAGAGAACGUAUUUAUAAACUUGGGAAAUAUUGAGGAAAAUGCACAUUUCUGCUGAGAUUUGCUUUUCAUGUCUAACAUAUGUAAAGCCUACUGUUUGUAAGUGGGUUCUGAUUCUCUCUCCUGUUUUUGACCUCGACAUUAGUUGUUGUUUCGUUUAAAAAAAAACUGCAUUCUUGUUCUUAUGUUAUAGUCUAAACUUCUUUCCUAUUUUACAAAUGGCAUGUUUUUUUUAAGAAAGGUAAGCCGGUGGGAGGGCCAGUUGAGGAACAAUGACAUGCAUUAAGCCCAUUGAGCUGAGAGGGCCCUUGAUCUGGAAACAAUAAUCUUGGCUUUGAGCCCCUGCAUUGUGAGACAGGGAACAAAUCAACUCUUAUUUCUCCACUUGAUUGUACUAAGGAACAAAUAAUGGAAACAUGCCAAGCGAGUGCAGAAUCUGUCCACUGAAAUGGCUGCCAAUUUUAGGCUGACGCAUUGGGGAAUGGUGGCUUGCACAAGAUGCCAGCGAAACAUUCCUCAGCAUCUUCAAGGAGAUGGGGCACCUUGGAGAAAAGAAUAAUUUUUUUUAAAAACUGCUGCGAUUCAGUGUGGUGUAAAAUGUACAUAUUAGGUCUGCAGUAUAGAUCAAGUGAAAAAUCUGACUUUUGAGCACCAGGAGGAUUGAUUUCCAUAAAAUAGCCAAAGGUUUUGUGAUAAAGUACACUAAAAAUGUUUACUACUUUUUCAUUUUUAAACCGAAUUAAAUAUUUUUCUGUGAAAUAAUCUGGAGGUUUCUCAAAUACCUGGUAACCCUGUAUACCUGUCUGUUUAAAUUUAUUUAAUUUUCGUCAAUUAUUGGGGCUGUUGAUUGUGUUUAAUUUGUUUUUAUCAGGGUAUAUUGGACUUGGGGUACCUUUGGUUUGUGUUUGUAUAAAAUUUGAAAUUUGCAAAGAACAUUUCAAAAAAUUAAAGUAGUAAUCUGAAA